UAUUCUACAAUAAAGGAGAUUUGCGGGCUUUACUCUCGUUGGCUGAACGCUCUAAAGCGUCACCAUCUGUCACUGCCACAGCACGGCUACCCCCUGGCCUCUUUCGUAGUAAGACGCAAGUGUGGAGCUAAGCUGGGAAGUGCUACUGUCAUACCUUUUUAAAAGCGGAACUCGAAUCUACAUUUAAAAAAGAAAAACAAAGAAUCACACGCACCUGUGGAGGACUUUUCUCACAUUUAAUCUCAUUCAAAUACUAUUGAAAGAACGUACUUGGAUGGAAUAACCGAUUUUUCUAUCAAAAAUAUGGCGAAUAUAUUAUUACAUCUGGUGCAUUUGUUAUUACUUUUAUAUUACGUUUUUGUGGAAGUUUCUUCACGGGAGCCAUCCGAAAUGAAGCAGCAGGCUACCGAUCACACCUCUGCGCGCGAGACCGCACCGCGAAACAUGGUCUCCAUCAGUAUGUUCAAAGUCUAUGAAAAGUACAGUAAGGACCACCACCGUCACCGCGACGGAAAUACCGUUAGAAGUUUUAAUUCUAUUCCAGAUUUCUCCAAGAACAGUGUGUGGUUCCAGUUUAAUAUGUCAUCCAUUCAGGAGUCCGAGGUCGUACUGUCUGCCACAUUUCACUUCCUGGAUCAGCGUCCUCGUCACCGACCUUGGAUCUGCAGGCGCUCCCGGAACGCUUCCUGUCUCAUCCAGCACCUUCAGCAGCUUACCUCAUCCCACCUCCUCUUCCGAGGAACGUCUCCUAACUCUGCAUUUACCUCCCCGCUGGGCAACGUCACCCUGCCUCCUCCCAGAAGAGGGUCCUGGCAAACAAGGGACAUCUCUGCUGUGGUUAAAGAGGCCCGUGCUCUGGGAAAGCUCCUCCUCAGCAUACAGUUUGACUUUGGAGUAGGUUACCAGAGGAACCAGGAGCACCUCUCUCCAGCCAGCCUACCAUAUGUCCUGGUGUAUGCCAAUGACGUGGCUAUAUCCGAGCCCAACAGCGUGGCCAUGACCCUACAGAGGUACGGGCCUUUUCCUUCGGGCGAGGACCCCACCCGCUUGCCUAGUGCAUCUCCUCUAGCCUCUAGGCUGAAAAGAGCAGCAGUGUCCCCCUUGGACCAAAUACAGAAUAAUGACCUGCCUGAGGUCCAGUUCAACACCAUGAAGAAUCAUGAGCUAUGGGAGAGCACAUAUUUUGCCCCCAAGAUAAAGCCCUCAAUGAAAGAUGGGCGGAAGCAGGGCCAGGAUAGCAGUGAGGGGUUGAAUAAACCUCAGGUGCUGAGCUUUGACGAGAGGACCAUGAAGAAGGCUCGCAGGAGACAGUGGAGUGAGCCCAGGGCCUGUGCCCAACGUUACCUGAGAGUGGACUUUGCAGACAUUGGCUGGAGCGAGUGGGUGUUAGCCCCAAAAGCAUUUGACGCCUAUUAUUGUGCAGGAACGUGCGGGUUUCCUAUUCCAAAGGUAGUCCGACCGUCUAACCAUGCCACCAUCCAGAGUAUUGUAAGGGCAGUGGGAAUUGUUCCUGGCAUCCCGGAACCCUGCUGUGUUCCGGACAGGAUGCGCUCACUGAGUGUUCUCUUCCUGGACCCCAGCCGGAACAUGGUGCUGAAGGUUUACCCAAACAUGUCCGUGGAGACCUGUGCCUGCCGGUAGACCCACCAGGAAGAAGCCUCAGUGCAUAAUGCAUGAGACAGAGUGAAUCAGAGUGGAGCAGGACAGCCAUGUAGUCAAUACAGUAAAAAAGACAGACGUCUUUGGAUGAGACUGGGAUGGAUGAACUCACUACAGAGGGAAAAAUGGAUUAUAGAUAAUCCUUUUGAGUGACGAGAUGCAGAGAAUGCUAUGAAAAUGCAAUGUCAGAUUUUUGAGUAUGUGAUUCACAGGGAGGUUUUGUUAUCCAGCAGCCCGACUGUAGGCGAAUAAGGGCCUGUGUAACUGCAGGUUUCAAGACUUCAGCCAUCCAGAGCUGGCUCCUGAUCUAAACCAAGAGUAACUCAAAUAAUGAACCCUAUUGCCAAGCUGCGCUUAGACCACUGGACCCAAGUGGGCUUUAGGUUUGAUAAGUCUUCAUACCACACCUGAAUCGAAAGUUCAAACUCUGUAAAUAAUACUGUAACUAAUACUAAAUUGGACUUUUUUUGUAAAUAUUUGAUGGCAUCUUUAACUAUGUUGUGUAAUAGAAUUAAUAUGUUAAGAUAAAUGAUAAAUGCAUGAGAGAAUGUACCAUUUUAAUAAAUAAUUCAAUAUAUUUUUCUGACUGUAUGCAUAUUGUGGUCAUCGAACAGGGACCCCCUGUGAGUGAUCCAGCAGAAUAAUUGCAUUUGUUUGAAUUAGGGAUCCUCUCAUUCUCAGUUAGGAAGCAGAAGAUAAGUGGCACAUUGCUGCCACCUAAUGUUUUGAAGUAGGAACAUUUUAACAAUUGCUAUUUAAAGACUUUGUGAACUGAGGUUUAUUAAACUGAAUGUUUCUUAGCUGGGAUUCCUGUUUAUUUAAUAGACCCCAGUGCACAGGUAUUCCAUCAAAUUUUAUGGGCAUUUACAAUAAAACUGUUCUAUGUAACAUUUAUCCUUGGUUCAAGAUUUUUAUGGUUUUGAUUUGUAUUUAAUUGCCCAAUUAUUGCCUAGAUAGACUGUGAACAUAAAUGGAAAUA